AUGGUUGAUUACCCAAUCAGCGAGCUGGACAAUGACGAAGAUGAUGAGGAGUACGAUGAGAAGAACGGUGGCAACGGUGAGGGGAUCGGCUCGAUGAUCGGUCGUAGAGUGCGGCGGGAGCGCGAAGGCAAGAUGCCUGCGCUGCUGUCGCGCGUCAACGGCCAGAUCGAGGUGCUCGGCUUCAACAUCCGCCAGCGCCGCGCCUUCGUCAACUCCGUCAUGCGCUACGGCCUGCCCCCCGCCGACCAGAACGCCUACGUCUCCGCUUGGCACUCGCGCGAUCUCAAGGGCAAGCCGGAGAAGGUCUUUCGCGCGUACAUCUCCCUCUUCAUGCGUCACCUCUGCGAGCCCGACAGCAUGAACCAGGAGACCACUACGUACUCCGACGGAACACCGCGUGAUGGCAUCGCCCACCAGCCCAUCCUCUCGCGCAUCGGAAUAAUGGCUCUUGUGCGGAAGAAGGUGCAGGAGUUUGAGCAAAUAAACGGCCUCUACAGCAUUCCCAGCCUCAAGUCAACCAAAACGGAGAGUGCGGGAACGCCGAAACCGGUCGAUGCCCUGCCCGACACCCCCUGCCGCACGCCGAAGCCUUCCGUGGCGUCGCUGGUCGUCGACGAGGCCGCCUCGGCCACCCAGCCUCUCACGGUGAACACGGAGGGCAGCAACGGGAACGGCUGCUCCGACGACGCCUCCAAGGCCAGCGAUAAGACCGAGCCAAUGGACAUCUACACGGGUGAAAAUACCGUGGUGGAUGAGGCAGGGUGUAAGGAUUCGCUGGUGUUGGGGGGCAAUCUGAAAAUCGAUGAAGAUGCGGAGAAAUCAGGUGGUGGGGACAAAGCGGCCGCCACCAUGAAAGAGCCAAUGGAUGUUGAUUCAAAGACAAGGAACGUGGAGAUGAAGAAGGAGGAGGGUGAGGAAGAGGCGGCAGCGAUGUCCACGAAGGAAGCCAUGGACGUCGUAGUUGGCGACAGCGACGCUGAGGUCGCCAACGAGGAGGACGAGGUGAUGAUAGUGAACGAGGAGAAGACGGACAAGAAGCCGUCGUUCAUGUUCAACAUCGCCGACGGCGGGUUCACCGAACUGCACACCAUCUGGCUCAACGAGCAGCGCGCCCUGCAAGAGAACACCGGCGGCUACGAGAUUUGGCACCGCAAACACGACUACUGGCUCCUCGCGGGCGUUGUACAGCACGGCUACGGUCGGUGGCAGGUAAUGCUCAUCAUCUGUGGUGGUGGUGGUGUUGGUAGUGGUUGUGGUAGUGUUAGUGGUGGUAGUGGUGGUGGUGUUGGGGGUUGCGGUGUUAGUGGUGGUGUUGUUGGUGGUUGUGGUGGUGGUGUUGUUGGUGGUUGUGGUGUUGGUGGUGGUGGUGAUGUUGGUUGUGGUGUUGGGGGUUGCGGUGACAUCCACAACGACCCUCGUUUCGCGCUGGUCAACGAGCCCUUCCGGAGUGAACAGGGCAAGCCAAAUUACCUGGAGAUCAAAAAUCGAUUUUUGGCGCGUCGAUUCAAAUUGCUGGAGCAAGCGCUCAUAAUCGAGGAGCAGCUGCGACGCGCCGCCCACCAGAACAUUGUCUGCGACCCCAAGGACACUGUGCAGAGCUUGAAUCGUCGUUUCAACGAGCUGGAGUGUCUUGCAGUGGCCCAGCAGCAGGUCUUCGCAGAAGCCCUUUCUGGAAACAAGUCACUUGUGCCUCUGCUUCAUCGAGCGUUGACGAUGAUGGAGGACUACCUGGCCGAGAUGAAGCAAGACGUCUCGCGUCUUCUAACCCUGGUUCCACGCAUGCCGCAGGUGGCAGACAGGCUAAACCUCAGUCACACAAGCCUCCUCACACGACUGACCCAGCAGCUCACUGCCGCUAAGCAGGCUAAAAUGGCGCAGCAGCAGCAGCAGUUGGGAAGCAGUCCCACAACACCCGUCGAUUCUUCGAGUGGUGUUGUCGACGAAAAGCAGCCCGAGGCCAAGCCCUGA